CCGGCCGGGUCUCCAGCUCUCCAGGUCUGCCUCUCGGGUUCUCCCUCAUUCGGUUUUCCCCCCUCCCCACGCCAUUUGCAUCUUGCCGAAAGCCGGGCCCUCCCCACUAAUUUGCAUAUCUUAUAUGGCCUAAUGGUGGCGAUCAUGGCAAGUUAGAAGUUUUCUGACUCCUCUCGGAGGAGACUCCGGGACCCCGGGGAGUAACAGGUGUCUGGAGGCUAAAGGGUGGAGGGGGUUCCUGGACUUGGGGUUCGCCUGUGAAACUCCCCUCCACCCUCCUCACCGGCACCCACCCACCCACCCCCUCACCCCCUUCUUUUUCUGUCCUUGGAAAAUGGUGUCCAAGCUCACGUCGCUCCAACAAGAACUCCUGAGCGCCCUGCUGAGCUCCGGGGUCACCAAGGAGGUGCUGGUCCAGGCCUUGGAGGAGUUGCUGCCAUCCCCGAGUUUCGGGGUGAAGCUGGAGACGCUGCCCCUGUCCCCUGGGAGCGGGACUGAGCCGGACACCAAGCCGGUCUUCCACACUCUCACCAACGGCCACGCCAAGGGCCGCUUGUCCGGGGACGAGGGCUCCGAGGACGGGGACGACUAUGACACCCCUCCGAUCCUCAAGGAGCUGCAAGCGCUCAACACCGAGGAGGCGGCGGAGCAGCGGGCGGAGGUGGACCGGAUGCUCAGCGAGGACCCUUGGAGGGCUGCCAAAAUGAUCAAGGGCUACAUGCAGCAGCACAACAUCCCCCAGAGGGAGGUGGUCGACGUCACCGGCCUCAACCAGUCCCACCUCUCCCAGCAUCUCAACAAGGGCACCCCCAUGAAGACCCAGAAGCGCGCCGCCCUGUACACCUGGUACGUCCGAAAGCAGCGGGAGAUCCUCCGACAAUUCAACCAGACAGUCCAGAGUUCUGGAAAUUUGACAGACAAAAGCAGUCAGGAUCAGCUGCUGUUUCUCUUUCCAGAGUUCAGUCAACAGAGCCAGGGGCCUGGGCAGUCCGAUGACGCCUGCUCUGAGCCCACCAACAAGAAGAUGCGUCGCAACCGGUUCAAAUGGGGGCCCGCGUCCCAGCAAAUCUUGUACCAGGCCUACGACCGGCAAAAGAACCCCAGCAAGGAAGAGAGGGAGGCCUUAGUGGAGGAAUGCAACAGAGCAGAGUGUUUGCAGCGAGGCGUCUCCCCGUCCAAAGCCCACGGCCUGGGCUCCAACCUGGUCACUGAGGUCCGCGUCUACAACUGGUUUGCGAACCGCAGGAAGGAGGAGGCGUUCCGGCAGAAGCUGGCCAUGGACGCCUACAGCUCCAACCAGACGCACAGCCUGAACACCCUGCUCUCGCACGGCUCCCCCCACCACCAGCCCAGCACCUCGCCUCCCAACAAGCUGCCAGGAGUGCGCUACAACCAGCAGGGAAACAAUGAGGUCACUUCCUCCUCAACAAUCAGUCACCAUGGCAACAGCGCCAUGGUGACCAGCCAGUCCGUUUUACAGCAAGUCUCUCCAGCCAGCCUGGACCCGGGCCACAAUCUCCUCUCACCUGAUGGUAAAAUGCAGAUCUCAGUCUCAGGAGGAGGUUUGCCCCCUGUCAGCACCUUGACGAAUAUCCACAGCCUGUCCCACCACAAUCCUCAGCAAUCUCAAAACCUCAUCAUGACGCCCCUCUCUGGAGUCAUGGCCAUUGCACAAAGCCUCAACUCCUCCCAAGCUCAGAGUGUCCCUGUCAUCAACAGCGUGGCCGGCAGCCUGGCAGCCCUGCAGCCCGUCCAGUUCUCCCAGCAGCUGCACAGCCCUCACCAGCAGCCCCUCAUGCAGCAGAGCCCAGGCAGCCACAUGGCCCAGCAGCCCUUCAUGGCUGCUGUGACUCAGCUACAGAACUCACACAUGUACACACACAAGCAGGAGCCCCCCCAGUAUUCCCACACCUCCCGGUUUCCACCCGCGAUGGUGGUCACAGAUACCAGCAGCAUCAGCACGCUCACCAACAUGUCUUCCAGUAAACAGUGUCCUCUCCAAGCCUGGUGAUGCCCACAUGUCACUUACUUGGUGCACAGCAACAAGGACCCUAUUUUCCACACCAUCACCCUCCAGGCAGCUGUCGCGGAAAAGCGCAGUGACCUGCCAAGCACCUGUGAGAGGUCCCUGCUCACCUGACAUCCUGCCGGCACCUCGGACAAUCCACUCUGAGAGGUGCGGCCGAAGCCCAGCUUCCCUUCUAUGCAGUAUUGUCACGAUGCCUCUCCCACGAUGUCACACGCUCCCGUCUGGUCUGUCCUCGAGGCGGGAGGCGACAAACCACGGAAGAGGAAGAGAGAAAGCCGUAGUGUCUACCUUGUGCUCCUUCGACGAACAAACUGAUGCGAAAACUUGAAUCUGUUACUGAAAUGAGGAGAGGAGGACACGUGCUAUUGAACUGAGCCAAACACACUGUAAAUAUCAGCCACCUCCCUCCCCCUCCCCCAUCCCAGCUGAUCUGGAGAUUUCUUUUAAAGAAGUAAAUUUGUCCAAUGGGUGUAAACUAUAAACUACUGUAAUUAAGUGCAAUUUCCCCUCCACUUCCUCCUCUCCCCUCUGCCCUGUAUAUAAUACUAAAGUGUCUAUCAGUUUUCUUUGUAAAGGUCAGAGUUGAAUUUUCAAAGUGAUUUGCUCCUCAUCCCCCACCCCACCCCCCGGAGAAAUAUCUAAGGCAGAAGUGAAGCCCUUGCCCGCUUCCUCAGGCCUGGACGCACACAGGGACUGUGUAUUUUUGGACUGACUGCCAACUCACUCCUCUCUCCUGAUGUUAAGGCAUGCCUCUGGAUGUUGAGACAUGUUCCCUGGAAGCGCUGCACAUAGUGUCAGAGUAGCACCCUAGCUUCCAGUGGAGCUAGAGGAUCAGCCAGCACCGCCCCCACCCCCCGAUCCCAGGAAACCCCAAGGCAGGGACCCUGGCUGUUUGAUAGUGCAAGAAAAGUUGCCCUUUCAGGAAACCUCCCAUUAAAACAAUUUAUUUUAUCACUGC